AUGUUUAGAAAACCUCUACGCAAACUCAACAAAACCUAUGAUCCUCAUUUACAUCGUCAUAUACAACAUCCCAUAACAAAUAUUGAAGCCUUCGUAAGCAUCAUCAAAUGUUCCAUUGGCACCGGAUGUUUGGAAAUGCCUAGAGCUUUUUGUAAUGCCGGCUGGCUAAAUGGUAUAAUAGGGACUUUCCUUAUUGGAGGCAUUAUGGUUUAUGCCAUACAUUUACUGAUUCAUGGCAUGUAUGAAAUUUGCCAAAGACACAAAGAAGCUUCCUUAACAUAUCCGGAAUGUAUGCGUUUUGCUUUAAUAGAAGGACCUCCCUGUUUGCGUAAGUUUUCAGUAAUGGCUGUUUGCAUUGUUGACUUUUUCAUGUGCCUGUACCACUUUGGCGUCUGCUGUGUCUAUGUCCUUUUCAUAGCUGAUAAUAUUAAGCAAUUGAUGGAUUUCUAUUAUGCCAAAUAUGAUUUUCAUAUGCAUGUUUUAGCCUUAACCUUGCCUUUGAUAUCAAUAUUCCUAAUACGAGAUUUAAAGACUUUAGUACCUUUUAAUACUUUGGCUAAUAUUCUCUUGUUUCUGGGCUUCUCUUUGAUCUUGAUAUACAUUUUAGAAGAUCUGCCGCCAUUGAGUGAGAGAAAAUUGUUUAAUAAAAUCGAUCGUUAUCCGUUAUAUUUUGGUACGGUGCUGUUUGCCAUGGAGUCAGUGGGUGUGAUCAUUGCCAUCGAACAUGAAAUGGCCAAUCCCAAGGACUAUUUAGGACUAACUGGAAUUCUAAGUUUGGGAUCAUUGGUGUCUCUCUGUCUCUAUGCAGCAUUUGGUUUUAUUGGCUACUGGCGUUAUGAUUGUCAGGUUUAUGGUAGUAUAACUUUAAAUUUGCCCCCCGAUUUGAUUCUCUCCCAACUUAUUAAAAUAAUGUUUGCUGUUGCCAUAUACUUGUCCUACGCCCUACAGGGUUACAUUACCGUAGAUGUUGUGUGGCAUCAUUAUUUCUCGCGCUGGUUUGAUCAGGAGGAUCAAACUAUAAUGGAAUAUAAUGUAAGAUGUUCGAUAGCAUUGGUAACAGUAUUUAUUGCUGUUAUAUCCCCCGAUAUUUCCAUAUUUCUGCCCCUAGUGGGGUCAUUUUGUUUAACCAUUUUGGGUUUUGUGUUACCGGCUCUAAUGGAUCUUUGUGUGAAAUAUAGCGCUGGUUAUGGCCGCUAUAAUUAUAUUUUGAUACGUGAUAUUUUACUCAUUAGUUUUGGCAUAUUUGGCAGCUUUAUUGGCACCUGGGUGGCAUCACAAAAUAUUAAAUUGAAAUAUGGCAAGAAAGAUGAACCUAACGAAAGUCUUUUAUAUUUUACAAACUUAUUAUAG